AUGUCCGAAAAUAUAGUGAGAAGGAAACUGGUGAUAAUUGGAGAUGGGGCAUGUGGUAAAACGUCCCUUCUGUAUGUGUUUACAUUGGGCAAAUUCCCGGAAGAAUACCAUCCGACUGUUUUCGAGAAUUACGUGACGGACUGUAGGGUGGAUGGGAUCAAAGUGGCGCUCGCCUUGUGGGAUACUGCAGGACAAGAGGAAUACGAACGAUUACGGCCAUUUUCGUAUUCGAAGGCUAACAUAAUUCUGAUUGGGUUUGCUAUUGACGAUCCAGACUCGCUUGCAAACGCUAGAAGCAAAUGGACAGAAGAAGCACUUCGAUAUUGUCCUCAUGCGCCUAUAAUUUUGGUUGGUUUGAAGAAAGAUCUGCGAAAAACAGGGUCAGGGAAGCAUAUGGUGAGCGCCGCGGAAGCUGAGCAAGUGGCAAAAGCCAUUGGAGCCAAGCGGUACGUAGAAUGCAGUGCUUUGACCGGUGAGGGCGUCGACGACGUUUUCGAAGCCGCUACUCGAAUCAGCCUUCUCGUAAAUAAAGAGCCCGGUGGAAGUUGUUGCGUGAUUACCUAG